GAGGAGGAGGAGGAGGAGGAGGCGGGUCUUUUGGCUGCCCCCGCGAGCAGAGGCAGCGAUGGCGCCCCGCGUUCUCUCCGCGAGGGCCCUCCCUCCGCGGGCGUGGCCUCGUCGGCCGCCCGCAGCGUCGCGGGAGGCCUCGCGUUGCACCGCGCCCCGGCGCCGCCCGCGGGGAUACACAGUGCGGGGGGCCAGAGGGCAGCGCAGCUGGAAGAGGAAGCCGAGGCCUGCGCCCUCGCUCGGAGAGGGGGUGGGAGGAUGGGGGAGGGCAGGGCGGAAGGAGAGAGGAGAAAGGGUGGGACUGGAGGGCCCAAGGAUCUCAGCCUCUGUAGGCGUCUGAGGCGACGGAGCAAGCCUGCAUCAAAAACAAAUGCUCAACUGGCCUUGGCCUACUGCUUCGCAAGCCUGGGGCUCUGAUAUGGAGGGUGCGCAGCAUUCACGACUCGUUCCGGGGGUGCCUCCAGCACCAAAGCUCAAGCCCUUCAGCAGCUCUCGCGCACCUCGCUCUACGACUGGCUCGAGGGAUGCAAUGGAACUGCUGGAGCUCGAACUUGACCAGACCCGUCGGAGAUCAUGCGUAAAAAACAGAAAUAUCCGGAUGGCCUCACAUCGUCUGCGGCAUCAUGAGCUCUGCCGCGAUGCUGGCUAGGUGGUACCCCCUGCUGGACACCAGGAGUCCAGAAAAGUGGGUGGACCACCUCGGAAAAACAGCCAGAGGUGGCGCGGACGAGGCAGCGUCGUGGACGCCGAGCCACGGAGCGCAGGUUGCUCGAGUCGCACCGUCGCGCUCCACACGUGCGGCCCUCGUCGAGCUCUCGCGCACUCCAGGCUGCCGCGGUCGCGCCUCAGCCCGGGAGCACGUCGUCCGGCGGCCAGGGGCGGGCUCGGAGGCCCGCAGCAAGGAGCAGGCUGCGCGCCCGGAGGAGCCGGACGCCGGGACGAGACGGGAGUGGCCAUGACAGCCGAUAUGUGAGGCAGUGUACUGAUGCCGCCUCACCGGCAUGCCAUGCCCCCGUGAGGCCACAGCGCCUGGCAUGAUAUGUACAACGCGUUCAAAGUCGCCGACUGCCGGCAACGUCUCUCCGACCUCGGGCGCUCGCGGCUUCUCGUGCGAUACGUUUUUUCAGUGAGGGCCGAGCACGCUCCCUCUCCAGCCGCGCGGCCAAACUACCGCGGGAGCAGAGCGAUCUUCGAGCAGCGGCGGCUGUU